AUGAGACAAGCCACAUUUUCAUCUGCUGACGACGCAUCCCAGUAUUUAGCUGACUAUAUAAUUAGAAAGAUCAACAGCUUUAGACCAACAGCAUCAAAACCAUUUGUGCUAGGUUUACCCACGGGAUCUUCUCCUGAGGGAAUAUACUCGAGGUUGGUUGAGGCAUUCAGACAGGGUAAGGUUACUUUUAGACAUGUUGUUACUUUCAAUAUGGAUGAAUAUAUAGGUUUAGCACCAUCAAAUGAGCAAUCUUACCAUUACUUUAUGUAUGAUAAAUUGUUUAACCACAUCGAUAUCCCAAAGGAAAAUAUAAACAUAUUGAAUGGUUUGACCAAUGAUGUUGAGCAAGAGUGUAAAAACUACGAAGCCAAGAUCAAAAAAUAUGGUAGAAUCCACUUAUUUUUGGGCGGUUUGGGUCCAGAAGGCCACUUGGCAUUCAAUGAAGCUGGUUCCACAAGAGAUUGCAUAACCAGGGAAGUUACCUUGGUUGAAUCAACAAUCAAGGCCAAUUGCAGAUUUUUCAACAACGAUUUGAGUAAAGUGCCUAAAACAGCACUUAGUGUUGGUAUAUCUACUAUUUUGGAUAAUUCGGACGAAAUUGCCUUAAUUGUUUUGGGAGAGAACAAAAGGUUUGCUUUGGAAAAGACUAUCCACGGUAAAAAGAGCAACCCAGACUUCCCUUCUAGCUACUUACAGGAGCAUCCUAAUGUUUUGAUUGUAUGCGACAAUGCUGCUGCUGGAUUGAAAUCGAAAUUAUAG